AUCUCACUUGUAAUAGAAGAGAAGAAGAAGAAGAAAAAAAAAAGGUCACUCUAGAAAGUUCACCUGCAGAAGCUGAAGUAGAGCGGCGUUCAAUUUUGGGUACGAAUCUCCUCAAAGGAGAGAGCAGUAAAGGAGGUAACUUGCUUGGUACAGCUGUAAAACAUGAAUCCAAAUGAAUCUGCAAAGUCUCAUGCCAAACCUGAUAUCAUUCUGACUGGGACUGCAAAAACAUGUCCAAAUGGACCGCCACUUGGUUUGGUUGACAUAGGCAGUAGUGAGAAUGCAUACCUUUUUCGUGUUGCGCUUCCUGGUGUAAGGCAUAAAUGUAAUAUCAAAUUUGACAUACAGAGAGAAGGGAGAGUCCGGAUAGAAGGUGUGAUUACAGAGAGUGAGGCUUUGAAAAACUCACUCAAGGGUUAUGAGAUGAAAGUUCAGCAGCUUCCGUCCCCUGGGCCUUUUACCAUAUCGUUCAAUUUGCCAGGACCUAUUGAUCCCAGAUUAUGUUCCCCACAGUUUAGAACAGAUGGCAUUUUGGAAGUCAUUGUGAUGAAAUAUCAGAUACCAUUGGUUUCAGCUGAAGGUUUGCCUGAGAAUUGGUACAAUGGCUCUUUCCCAGCUCCUUGAAUUCUAUUUGGUCCACAUUCCCCCCUAUGACACAUGGGAAUUCUCUUGUAAUGAAUAUAACACAGCAUCAGGAACGACUUCUCAACUUCUAGGUAGCCAUACCUGUACACCAAGGGUUUUUGCAUUAUAUGCUCCACUCGAGAUUUUGGUAAUGUUGACUUGAUUUUGAAUCAAGUGUGUACUUUUAUGGGGGAAAAAUACUUCUUUUCCAUCUUUAUUA